CCAGCCAAAGGUUUGGUGCCCAUGCAGGAGAGCUGGAGUGGACGUGAGGAAGAACAGAAGGGAAUUAUAGGAAGUCAUGAAUUGAUGCAACAGCAGCCCAAUUAUCCAGAAGCCACACUGGUCAGUGGCUUUGCAACACAAAAGCCGCGGCCAGGUGCUCUGAUUCGUCUGGUAACAGCCAUGAUAGUAGACUGUGGAAAAAGUCGCAUCACUGCUAGCUUCCCAGCCAGUCUUAUUCGUGAACUUGGUGUGUCACGUCUCACUCUAAAUGAUGCAAGCUGCAUAUCACAGUCAAAUGGAACUCAUGAGUUUAUUUCUAGUCUUAUAACAUCUUGUGGCAGUACUGGAGAUAGUGAUGGCAAAGUUGUCUCCACUACAAAUAUUAUUCAUGUGACAUUUGGUUCAGAGGAUGAGAAUGAUGAUGAAGACCUUGAAGAAUCAUCUGGAUGGUAUGGGGAUGGUUCAUCAGCAUUUGGAAAAAUUCCCAUAGUGUGCAAGGAUCAUCCACACUUUCCUAUGUCUAAAACAAUACUGGGGAAUGCUGAAGAUCCAUUGAUUGGUUCAGAAGAUAUUUUGAACAGUGGAUCCGGCAGUAAUAUGGCCUUGUACCACAUGGAACUCUACAGGGACAAAGAACAUACUGAGGCUCUUGAUUUCACUUCACCAGACCCAGGCAUCAUGGAGGCAGAGUUUGAUGAGACCCUUUAUGUGAGGGCUUGGAUUGAUGGAGUGGUUCCAGUGCAAGUUGUAACAGAAAAUUGUUGGAUCUCCAAUUCAUCAAAUCCAAGGGAUAGCUCCCGUGUGGUUCUGUUGCGGAACACUUGCCCUGUUGAUUUGUCUGUGGAGAUUCAGGCACAGAUUGACACUGCAAAUAAUUCUCAAGGUCAGCGUGCUUCUCAUGGCAGCUUCAGUUUCCAAGUGAACAAGGAAUAUGGAAGUCUUGGUCAGUUCUUUGUUCAUUGCCGCCUUGGUUUGUGCACAUCUGAUCCAGCUCAUGUCAGAGGAAAUCUUAUUCUGUGUGUGGACCCAAAGCAGUACUGUUCACGCCAGAGUUUGCGGCCAUACCUAGACAAAGCUGUGUCCACAGCACAGCAGUUGGCCAGUAAGGGGCCACUUCGACCAGUGCCAAGGAGGAGGAGAGUUCCUAACUUACAGGUUGCACCAAGUUCAGAGGCACCAGCAGAGGCUGAACCAAGAGUUAUUUAUGUUGGAGUGUCUACAGAAGUAACAGUUGGGAUUGCUUUAGCCUCAUUUGCUAUUGGCGUUGGACUUACAGGAGCUUUGUGGUAUAUUCACAUGAAAACAGAUCCUUUUCGGAGACAAGGAGACAAGCAGUUACCAGGAGCAAGGGCUGGAGUUGUGACAGGUGUGACUGGUUGUAAUCUAUCACCUCAUAGUGGCUGCUCUUCCACCAAUUCACAGGCAGCAAUGACAACUGCUUGACCCGAGGACAAAGUCUGCCAACAAGCAUCUCCACUUUACUAGUGCAUGAUGAAAGGACACACCCUGAGAUUCAGUACAAUCAUUUUACAGAACACUGUUUAUCUGAGAAGGGUAUAAAUUAAUAUAAAAUUGUAAGUAAUGACUGAGUAAGAACUGCUAAAUAGUGACACAAAGGUAGUAUUCUGUGAUUAGAAGCUUCCAACAAAAUAUUGCGGCAUUUAACUUUGUGUUGCUGUCAGCAGUCUAGUUAUUUCUCACUUUUGAAUCUCAUGUCAUUAUAAGCAUCUUGGUCCCCAUUCCUUUAUAGCCAACACCUGAAUGCAGUAGUCACUUAAUUCACUGUUUGGCAUGAAGAAAUAUGUUCAUAAGAGGUGUCUCCUUUCAUUGCCAGUAUUCCUUUUUGUCUUGUUCUGUCUGUCUUUUUCCGAAACAUCAACUUAAAAAACGAUUCAUCAUAAAAAUGAAAUAUGACUACAACUGUACAAUAUUAGAAACUUUGAAUCAGGAAGUUGAUUUACCUCAGUUGACCUCUUGUAUUUGCUCAAUUCAACCAUUUUUUCUACUGUGAAAAAGUUCUGAAAACUGAAGUGGUAGUUUUCCAUGACUGGAUGACAAGAUGGAGUUGUUAUGAUACAGUUGUCCAUCCAUUAGUGGGAACCACAAAGGAAGUUUUUUUUAUGAAAUAGUGAACAUGAUUUUGCUAAUGCAUUUUAGCCAAAGGUCAUGAAUAAUUGAUUGACAUAAGUAAAGAUAUUUUUUAAUGAUAUGACAGAGAGAUCAAUUUGUAUAAAAGUCACAGAUGUGCUUGGUACAGAUCAGUAUAUUAUGUUAUAAUGUAUUUUCUGUUUUUAUUCGUAUACUUGAUGCUAAAGCAUACUAUACUUAAGAUUAAUCACGCAUACAAGUAUUGUUUUUAUUUAAUGUAAAAAAAACAAGAAUGAGGUUACAAGAUAUCAUCAUGAAUUCUUGAAGCAGUCACUGGGUGCUUAAUAAAUUGGAAUGAUGGUGUAAAAGUGUGGACUGGGUACACUUAUGUGUGUACUGUAGUUAAACAGCUAGCAACUGGCCUAGAAAAUGCAUGUGAUUUGUGAGUGUUGCCAAACUAAUCAACGAGCUGUUGAUUACAUUAUCCACUUGCAUUUGAAGUUUAGUGGUAACUAGGUGAGUUGCAGUAAGGGACUGGCAUUGCACUUAUUGGCCAAGUGUGUCUAGAGAGGUCACUGGAAAGCUGACAGCGUGCUUCAGGCAUACUAAGAGGGUGAAGAGUGUAGCUUCUUCCAAUCAGUACUGUGUAGUUACUGUCUUUGAAGACAUUAAACCUUCUUGUCAGUGCAUGGAAGCUCCUGUGAUACUUGUCUUUGUGUGACAGUAGAAGUGUAUGCUAAUGUCUGCUAGAAGUUGCCUUUCUUAUAUGACUUUACUAAAAGAAUUCCACAAGUUUUCUUUUUCAUUAUUCAUUACUGUGCUAUGUUGACUAUGGGACAAAAUUAAUUGUGAAAAAUUUACUAUUUUAAGACAGACUCAGAACUCAGUAUGAGUUUUUAUACUGGUUGAUCUCUCUGAAAUCAGUUCCAAACAUGACAUGCAGAGGUAAUUUAUGUUCACCUUAAAUAUUUAUUUAGAUACAUGGUAGGAGGCUUUUGGUUAUGCAGAGGACUCUCAUUAUUGUUUGCAGAAUAUACCAUUUACUUUUCUCGAUCACUUUUAAAAUAGUAUGAUUUUAUGUAUCAUUACAUGACAUGGUAUGCAAGGUUUUAAGAUUAGUAUGAUUUUACUGCUGCUGUUAGCUUGUCGGUUUAGAAAAUGAAUUUUAUCCUAUUCAACCAUUUUACUUUCUGUUCCUGUUAAGUCAAUUUAUUGAUCAACCAAUUGACAGCAUUGACUCGUUAUAUUUUUACAGUUGAUUAUCCUCCCGCAUUUUCUUUGUAACAGACAUUAAGCAUUAACUACGUAGGUGUGAUGUAACAUUCAUGUGAAUUAUCUGGAGUUUAGUUGACAUUUGCUGGUCAAGUAUCUCUGAAUUUCAGAGUUUAUUUAUAGAAAUGUCUGUAGCAGCCAUUUGUAUGCAUAUCUUUUUCAUUCUCAAUUCUGUCUUCCUUAGAAAUACCGAAUGCAUAUAGAAUAUAUAAUUUUGGAACUUACAGUGUUAUACACUGUUCAUUACCAUCAUUGUAGUUUAUUCAGUCCUCCAUCAUGGGCAAGUUGUUUGUUGAGACACGUGGAGGAAUUGUACGUUUUCUGUGGGAAAAAGUUGGUUCUAGGGCCUGUUGCAUGAAAUGUUUAUCAAAAUACAUUUUGAUACACAUAGAAUUCUACUCUUUGCCCUCAGUAAGGUGUCAUUUGAAUAAAUAUAACAUUUUAUGACUAAUUGUAUAUGAAAUUGUUCACAUGGCAGGUUGUUUUAUACAGAUCUCCACCCCCUUUAGGCAUCUGGUAUUCAUAUUCCUUAUCUUUAUACUUUAGUAAUGCUGUAAUUGGUAGUUUUUCCAAUUACAAGAAAGGUUAUGAAGUAUCAGUUUUAUUAUUUACAUUUUAGCCACCUUUUACCUUUAUUUAUAGUCUGUAUGAAGAAGUUUGCAGAGAUUGAUAAAUCGUCUGGAAUCUAAAGACAGUACAAGAUUAGCUUGUAAACCAAUGUAUGUACAUGUAGAGAUUCUCUGUUUGACCAAGAGCCUACAUCCUGUAAUGCAGAUGCAACAACAUUAUAGAAUACAAUUAUUUAAAGUAGUUUUAGAGUAAUGUAGCUACAAGAGAAGGAAACAAUGAUGCAGACGUAACUAAGUACCUGGUUUUUAUUGUAUAUUAUAAUUAUUAUGAACAAGUAAAUGUAUAAAAAUAUAAGCUGAAACUUGAUUUUCAAAGGGAAAGGUUUUCCUUUUUUCAUUUGAGCUUAAGAAAGUAAGAAAACUUUACAUACAGUAUUUUAAAACCUGAAUUUUUCAUUGAUUCAGGACUCCAUUUUUUAAAGAUAUUUUUCACAUUUAAAUACUGCCCAUAAACUGUUUUACAAUAGAAAUAUACUGGUGGCAGAUGUUUCUCAGGGUCCCUUGUAUAAAACAAAAUAAUAGUGUUAAGUUAUAUUAUAAUAAAAAUGUUGUGUAUAGAUUUAUUAGAAGUAGGUAUUUUGUAUUGAUUCUUUUUUUAAUUAUCAUUAAUUUUGAGGGAAGCAGUCAGAGUUUUCUGUCACACAUGUAAAGAUUGCAGUGUUUUACAGUAAUACAAAAGAUACACAUUUGUUACUUUCCAUUUUAAUAUUACAUUUUGUAUUUUACAUAUUUUCAGAUCACAUUGUUCUGUGUACAAAUUGUUUCAUAAUGAAAUCUGUGAUUGUGUCCCUCUAGUUUCAGAAGGUUGACUUGGUAGCUUACAAAAUUAAUAACUAAAAAUUAUUAGUCCUGUUUGUUAUACAUAAUUUGAAUUCUUUGGAUUCCAGAGGUAAUAACAAGGCUUCAGUGUUCAUUUUAAUAUUAGUGCAUGUGAAGUGAAAAUUAUGGAUUUUUAAUCACAUACUUCUGAUGUUGCUUCUUUCUUAUAGCAUUAGCUUGCACCGUUUAAUACUUGCUGUGUAUUGAUAUGAAUUGCCUGGUUAGUUGGAUGAAGCUCAAGAACAUGUGACUUAUAGGUUUACACAUCAUUCCAGUUUAUUCCUUCCUCCAUCAUAGCCAAGAUAAUUGUAGUUUUUGGAAUGUUAGUAUCUGCCAUAGUUCCUCUUGAGUGAAGAUAUAUUUUAAUUUUUUUACUUUGCAGAGACAGAAAAGUGUGUUAAAAUUGGACUUUUAAUAUACAAAGUAGCAAUUUCGUAUAUUUUAUUUGGAACUGAAAUGAAUAUUGCUACUCUGUGAAGUAGAAGGUCAUAUCACAAUAGAAAUAAAUGAAGUUAUUCCUCAUAACAGUAGUAUGUUUUAAUGCUUAUAUUUUGUUAAAGAGAAUUUUAAUUUAGGCUCCUGUAGCAACAGACCUAUAAUAAUUUGAAGAAAAGUUUGUAUCAUAAUGUGUAAUUAUAUUUUCUAGAAAAAUGUAUAUGCAUGAAAGUUGUAAUUUUCUUGCAAGGCCUAAGAAGAAUUGCUUUUAUGAUAAAGCAGGUUUAAAUGAUGCUAUGCUCAUAUUGGAUGCUGAAAUGGUAUUUUAAUGUUAGUAGUAUGUUUUGAAAAAUUUAAGUCUCUUUGUUAUAACAGUCUGCUACCUCUUCUAAACUCUUGCUUGGCUUAUAGUAUACCAGAUGUAAAUUUUGAGCUGAUGCCUUCCUGAGUUUUUAUAUUUAUAGUUCCUCUUUACUUUAAUGAAAGUAAUGCCAGUUUCUUAAUAUAUAGACAAGUACACAGGGUUAUAGAGAUCAAUCACAUGUAUAUUUGCUACUUGUGAUGUGAGACAGGAACCCCAGAAAGUAUUUGUUACACUUUAUUCUUGUAUUUUCUCAUCUUAAAAUAUAAUUGACAAAGUAUUUAACAUUGAGAAUUAGUUUGGAAACAGACUCUUGAGAAUUUACAUUUAUUUACUUGUUCUGUGGAGAUUUUUUGAAGUACAAACUAUAGGGUUUGAAGAAUUGAAUAAAGUUCCUUAUUUCAGUGUUGUUAUUCAGCCCAUGAAACACAUUUCAUAUGGCUUCCACCUUUCUGUGUCUUAGAAUUGCAAACUAUUUUGUAAAAGUCCCUUCUAGCAGUUCCUGAACUUAACCCUUUACGGCUGAUGCUCAUCUUAAUACUAUUUAAAGACUCGAUUCCUACCUCAAAGGAAAAACAACAAUCUUUAUUACAAGGAUAAUUGGUUAAUACUAUUUUGGGAGGUAAGUGCUGUUUGUUCUCGGAAUCAUGUGAAACCCAUAAAUAACAGUGGGCAAAAUGCAAAAUUAUUGAUUGGUAAAGCAGGUGGUACAUGUAAGUACAAUUGGGCUUUAAAGGGUUAGUAAUUCAUUGAGUAAAUGCAACAUAUAUAGUACAAAAUAUUUUAUAGAACUGUAUUUUAAGACAUGCUAUCCUUCCAUUGUGAGAUCCAUUUAUGAAUAAUGGGAUUGCAUAAAGAUGAGAAGAUAAUGUCAUGUAUUGCAAAAAUUACUAGAUGCUCUGCUAAGAUUUAAAUAAUUUGUUUACAGACUAUUUUAUGUUCUAUUUACUGAUUACUUUCAUUCAUCAGUUCUUUCAUUUAUUUUCAUGUGAAUACUGAAAUGGUUGAGGAAAAUAAUAACUGAAAUUGCUUGGCAUUUUGUACAACUUAAAAAUACUUGCUUAAAUUAGAGAAUAUAUAAUUCUUAUAAAUAGAAAGCAAUAAGAGACUAUGAAUUUGAGCCUGACAGAGAUUAUAAAAUUGGGUUUGGUUUGUAUUUAUGUGCCGAACAUUGUAUGGCACUCAAAAGCCUUUUAACUAUUUGUAGAGGUCAUUCAUCACAAAAUAUAGUACAUAAAAGAGCAUACAGACUAAGAGUCAUGCUGAUUCUUUGUUUUAUGUGGCUGACAGAAAAUUUUGUCUUCGUUUAGCUUCUGUCAUUACCUAUUAAGUAUAUUUGAGAGACAUUCCAUGAGUGCAUUUUGGUAAUGCAGUUUUUUGUCUUGUCAUAAGGAAGGAAUGAAUUUUUUAUUUACAAAGAAGAAAUUCUACUAAAGAAUGGCCAAAUUAAUUGAUCACAAGUUUAUUUAAGCUUGCUUUAUGCUAUGUGUUUGAAAGCAGUUUUUUUAUUCUUGCUGGGGUAAUACUGUGUUUGUUGCAAGAAGAUUGACAUUUGGGAAGUGUGCUCAAUAUAACUAGCUUAUUAGGAUCUUGUACUUCACAACUUUAUACAGUUUCAUUGUUGUAGAUCCUGUGUGCCAAAUUUGAAUGCCAUUAAAGAUUUAUGCAACACCGACUUUCAGAAUUUACUAAUUUCUAACAUCUUUUAGUGAUUUUAUAAUAGUUUAUUUUGCUUUAAGCACCUUCUUUAAUCUUGUGGUUGAAAAGAUGAGAAAUUAUAUACUGUAAUGACAUUGAUUAUGAAUGAAUAUUGAAGCCUUGUGAGGUGUAUAUAUUUAUGAUUUUCUAUUAAGUAGGUACCUUAUUAACAUUAUUUUUAAAAACACAGGUUUGAUGUGUCACACCUUUGAUCAUAACUUGUAAGUUCUUAUGAUGUAAGAAAGUAGUGAAAACAGAUUUAAUGUUUCUAUGCUUCAGGUAAAGUUAACUUGACACCCCUUCUGAGGAAAACAAUUGCCAUGAAUUCAAUUGUUUUGUCAGAGUCGUCUUAACUUGCUGAGCAUUAAUCGUUUUGGAAACAUUAGUAGCUACUUUCAGUCAGUUUGUGGGGUUCGUAAUGCCAUGCGCAGACAUAGGGGAAGUGUCAAAGUAGGUUAAAGUAUAAUCUUUGAAGUAAGAUAACAUAAAUUUGGAAAGAUAUUUUUCUUGUGGAUGGUGAAAGUGCCAAAGAAAUUCAAAAGGUUCCUAUGUAUUUCAGCAGUUUGAAUUAACAGUGAAGUUUAACAGCUGACUCAGAACUCUGAAGAGUAAAGUUAUAACACUUUUUGCCAUGACUUGAAUUUGGCAACUUUUGAUCAUUAGAAGCAGACAUUGCAAGAAAAUGUUUUGCUCAUAAUUUCAUAACAGGUACUGCUACCAAACAUUGUUUAAUGUUCUAAUAUGUAUUUUAUAUUUAGAAUUUGAAUUUUUUUACAAUUGGAUAUGUAUCUGGAGAUUGUUUUGAAUCAUUGAUGAAUGAAAUAUUGACAUUUAAUACACAGGUUCAGUAAUGGACUAAGAUAAUGCAACUCAGACAUUUAAAGAAUGGGUGGGAUUUAAACUUUUAAGCUUCACUGGCUUCUUCAAAAUACAGCUCUGUUUGUCAGGUAUUGAUAAUGUAAGCUUUUGUUUGUAUUUUUUUCUUUUUCCAGGGAAACAUUGAAAAAUGUGGUUUUAUAUCAUGGUGCUUGGUUGUAGAGUGCUUAGUCAUGUAGAAUUUCCAGUUCUUUUCUGUAGCCAAAUAGUAGAAUACUGAAGCAUUAACACUGAAAUGUCUGGUUAUCUUUGUUGCCUGUUCCUUUUUUGAAAUUACAUUUGAUGAAAAAUAUUAUUACACACAUAAUGAAGAUGGUAUAUGAUGAUUAAAGUAAAAUUUUAUUUAACCAGUAACAAUGCUGUGAAAAUGUUUUGUGGUCUGCAAGAUAGUUUGGGAAUAGAAACUAAUCUGAUAAGAAUUUGUUGAAUUUCUCCUGUACUUGCCAUUUUAAGAUUUGACACCACACAAUAGAGUGUAGAUGAUGGAAGUUUGUAGGUUUUCAACAUAUAUUCAGUAUAAAAUUUAAGCAUUAUGUAUAUUUAUGGAGAGUAUAUAUAUUGAAAAUCAUAAGUGCUGAGAUUGUUCUCUGAUAUUGUGUGUCAGAAAUAUUAUAAUAAGGUGACCAUAUUUCAGAAACACAAAAAAUCUGGGAAAAAUUAAAAGGAUAUGUUAACUUUUAACUAUCAUGUUGAAUAACAUUUUUCCUUAUAUGAGAUAUAAUUUUUAGAUGUUAAAGUGUAAAGAAAGCAUGUUACUACUUUUCACUCCCAUACCUCAUUCUGAAAUUGCAUUAAACUUUAAUUUUUAUGUUUAAGAAUCUGCAAACUUUAGUUUGUGGAAUGCGUGAUGUCCAACAUGUAUUGGUGUGAAACAGUUUUGCUUGUUUGGAAAGUCAAUGUUAUUAACUGCUAGAGGAGGCAUGAAUGACCUUGCUGUUGUGUACAUUCCUAAUACUGGAAUCUGCACAUUUUAGUACUAUUUUUGAUAUACAACAUAUAUUUUGGCAUAUGCGCUAGUAAUCAAGCAGGUAUAGUGUAGUAGUAAAGUAGUUCUGGUUAUCCCGUCUGGAUUUGUUCUGUUGUUUUCAUAAGUAACCAGGAAAAUUAAAUUUUUUCAUGUGGAUCAAAACUUACACAUUUUAAUGUAUUUAUUCUUACUGUAGUGAUGUUUUGAGGACUUGUAAGGUAAGAAUGUCCAUAGCAGUUGUUAGUCUUAUAUGGCUUUACUUGUUGAACUAUCUUCAGUGUUGGAUGUAUAUAUGAAAUUACCCGGGGGUUAGUGGGUGAAAUGUUUCCUGUGCAGUGGAAAUGGGAAUGUAGAUGUUGUGAUGUCAAAUAUUUAAUGUUUAUCAGGUGUUGUAAUUUAAAAAAAACUUUUAUCAGUAAGAUGGCACCUGUUAUGAAAUUAUGGAAUAUCAGAUCUUUUCAGUAAAAAAAAGAUAGAGUAGCAGCAACAAUAUAUUAAGGACAUACUACAUACAGUACUUGCAGAUACUGUAGCCUAUGUAUGAAAACAUAAAAAGUAUUAGAAUUAUGAUGGUUAAUGAUGUGGGUGAAUGUCAGUUUUAAAACUGGAUGUUCUAGGGAUUUAGCAACUAAACAUGACAGGUUGUCUGAAAAAAUUCAUGUGUCCUGUUCAGUGAUCCAGAUACUCAGACCCAUAUGAAUGCCACUAAUGUUUUCAGAAUUAGUUUAGUAUAUGACCUAACUUUUAGUAUUAGAAAAAUACAGUAUCCCAUGAAUAUUCAAGUAUGUACUUCUACUAAGAACUCUUUUAAAAAGCAACAUAUUCUCCUCCUCUUCUGAAUGUAAUGAUGGAGAAAGAACGAGGUUGUCACUUUUUCUUUCCCAUUGUGAUGGAGGUUUCCAAUUUGACCAUCAAUUUCCCUCACCAGCAAACAGGAACAUUCUGUAAGAUAUAAAGUCAUAUACAUUCUGAAUGUAAGGAAUCUCACAAAAGACUUAAGAAAUACAAUUAUCUGUUUUUAUAUAUGAGUACAUAAUUGUAACAGCCAUAUUUAUGGGUGUGUUUGAGUGUGAGAAUGAGUGGUCUUGAUAUAAAUGUAUAUUUUAAUUAUCUUUGAUGUGUUUCUAGAUUUAUCAGCGAUAAGAAUAUGUGAAUUGGUAAGAAUAUGGCCUGGAAAUCAAAAGAAAUAGCAGUUUUACAUUAACAUGAUUCUGUUUUGUGUUAAUCUCAUCCUUUGCCAAAACUAAUUUUGAAGUAUUAUGUACUCUGCAUUAUUUUCUCAUGGGUGGUCUGCACAAGCAGUGUAGACUACGCAGCUUCUUUACAUGUGUGUUUGUGUUCAUGCAUGUUUGUGAUUGUAUGAAAUAUGGUCAGAUUUUCUGUAGGAGCACAUUAGUAAUUGUUCAUAGGGUUUUAGAAUAAAUGAGAACUGAAAUUACAACAUACACGGUACAAUAUGUGAAGUGAAAGAAAUAACAUUUGGGUGAUCAUUCCUGGAAAAUAGAUAUUAUCAGGACAGUUUUUGAACAUUUUUAUUUAUUCUAUUCCAGUCUCAUCCUUUCCUCUAUACAAAUCUCUUUAAUAUGGUUUAUUCUUUGUAUGCAUGGCCUGUCUGGGUCUUCUUCCACUCAUCUUCAUUUCCAGUAAUGUUUUUGAUAUUCCAUGUCAUCCAUUCCUUCAACACGUCUGAACCAUCUCAGUCUACUGCAUUUGAUGUGGUUGUGUGUUGCUCCAUCAUGUAUGUGUUUCUAAUUCUCUCCUGGUUUAUGCCAGUAUUCCCCUCAGGAAUUUAAUCUCAACUGCUUGUAAGUUUUCAUUUCUCUCACUUGGUACCUGUCCAUUUCUCUGCUCUGUGUAAUAGAGUGUUUUUAAAAUACACAUUGUACAGUAUAUUGUAAUUUUACUGUAGUAUUCAGCAUUGUAUCAAAACAACUACAUCUAAGGGCAAGAUAUUACCAAUAAAAUCUGUAUGCAAUAUGAAGUAUAAUUUUAAUUUUAUUUAUUAUGUAUUAUGUUGCCUUUUACAUGCCAGGAUAAUAACAGGAUCUGAUUAUGAAAGGUAUGAAAACAAAGGUAGAAACUGUCAACAGUUGUUUGGUACAGUAGAGCUAAUUUUGCUUCACCUUAUUUUUUGUAACUCUGUUCAGGUGCUCGAAACAUUCCUCUUCGUCAUACAGUAAGAAAAGUCAGUUAGAUUUUUUAGUAGUGCUGUUUAGCUUUGUACAUAUUUUGCAAUUAUUGAAAGUGGGAAAUAAUAAGUCCUCUUCAUUUGUGGUUAUAUAAUGUGGUCUGCUGAAAUUGUGCUUGCCUUACAGAAUCUUGUUCAUAUGUUUUUAUUCUAGACCAUAAUUUUAAUCUCUUGAAUAUUGUGAGCUGGAUGCUUGUGAAGACUGUUGCAGACCUGUAGAGAACUAUGUGAAGAUUGGUUUAUAUUUUGGCUGGAUUUAUAAAACGAGCUCAAUAUUGAUUUGUACUUUGAUGUAAAAACACACUGGAAAUCGUUUGUGAAGAUGAUUCCCUAAACCCAUGUCAAUCACUUGGUUUUGUUAAACACUUUUGCUUAUUACAUUACAGGUCCAAGUUCACAUGAAGUUAUGAAGUGACUUCUUUUGGUGGCAGAGAAUAUAAUUUCUAUCUAAAGUUGGGAUUUUCCAUUUUAAUUUCCAGUAAACUAAAUUUGACUGUCACCAAUUUAUUUUACAUGUGAGGAGCAUCUCCUGCAUGGUGAUGUCUGUUGCGUAUAUACACUGAUAUGUAUCAAUUUAAAACUGUGUUGCUUAUUUGUCAUUAGUGAGGACAGUAAACAGAGUGUCUAGGAGCAGACAUUGAGACUGGAUGGGAAAGUAAAGAAGUAGCAUGAGGAAACACCUGAGCCAUCAAACUAAGCAGUUGUGGCAUGGUAUUCGGUUUUUUAUGUUGCAGUAAAAGUGACAAGCAUGAAGGUACUUAUGACUUGAAAUAUAAUACUUUGUUCUCUUAUUCAGUGGGCAAGAAAUGUUUGCCAAGUUCACCAUUCGCAGCUUCCACUCAAGUUCUUGAUUGCAUCCAUAGGCCACAAUUUUUCUUUCAUCACAGUAUAUUUAUUUAUUUAUAGUUUAUUUAACAACACUUUUUUAGUAGCUUAGACUAUAUAGUGUUGAUUCAUUACAGAAGAGUAGAUGAAUAUAAUAUCAAUGUCUGGUAAUGCAUUCUGGAAGGUUCUGUACCGAAUAUUGUGUUGCUGGAAUGAAAAACAUUGAAUUCUUGCAACAUGUGACUAAUUUACUGAAAGUGAUUGAAUAUAAAAGUGCAUUAUUCAUUAUUUACACAUUUAGUUAAAUUAUUUAUGAACUCUGAAUAGUCGGUUGCUUCUUCUGUUAUGAAUCUCAAAUUUGAAAUUAACAGGGAUAAGGGGUAGGUAUAUCAUUGGCUUUCUCUAUCUAUCUUCAUGCAUUAUCUAAGAUGUACAGUCCGGGACUGCUUUAUCAUGGUGCAGCGGUAUGGAAUAAGGAUUUAUCCAUAUUUUCUGUAGUGGUUUUAGUGGGUAGAAGGCUUUGUGAUUGACUGGUCUGUCCAAAUCUUUUAUGUAUGUGAAUAGAAAUAUGAAUACUAUUACUGAAAAUAGCAGAAUGGGACCAGUGAGAAAUUUAAUAAAUAGGUAGUUGUAUUGGUGUGAAGAUGUACGUUUAAUGUAGCAGAGUUGCUGGCAUUUAAAGGUGUAAGUAGUAUCGCUAGUCAUGCCUUUUGGUUUCCAGGCAUUUCUCUUAUCAUGUUCAGCAGCUUAUAAAUAUUGAGUGACAUAUGUGGUACAAAAUAGUGUAGCAGAAUGUGAGGUUGAAUGUUGUUAUGAGUGCUGAUGUGGGGCACCGUGAAACAAGAUGAAGGCUUUAUCAAUUGACCUUUAGUAAGUGGUGAUAUGGUUUGGGCUAUCGUAUGGUCCAGUCUGGUAACUUAAGAGGAUUUAACAUUGAUAGUGGUUUUCACUUAUAUUGUACAGUGUUUUAUGAAUAUGUAUGUUUUGUAUGUUACAGUAACAUCAAAAGCUUUUAAAUUUGACCAGGCUAUAUAGGUAUGGUCAGUACAGUUUUUAGUUUUUUCAGGAUUUAAUUUCUUGAAGUACAUUUUAAGUGUACUUUACGUUAUUGUUCAUGUUAAAGGAAUGUUUUUUGAAUAUGGAACGUUUUAGUUUUCAUGGCAUUUUAUUGUUCUGGGGUUUCAUAAAAUUGUGAACUCAUGUCUUCUUGACUGAUGCAUUUUAGAAACAUUCUGAAUUUUUUGUCAUAUAAUUUGAAUCAUUUUAUGUACACCUGUACUGAAAAUCUGAGCAUCAAUUUUCAAGGUGGUGUUGGUUUGAAUCCUGAGAAUUCUUUUAUGUAAAGGUGUAGGUAAAUUUUCUUUUGACCUAGAGAGUUAAGCUGAAAAUUAUUGUAACUCUUAACUAUACAACCAGUGCUGUGUAAAUAAAAUGCCAUUUUAACUUUCUCUGAUUUUUGUGGUGAUACAAUUUGAACAUCUGACUGAGUAUGAUUAAACAACUCUGGUUUGUUACCUUAGUUAUGAGAUUUCAGAGGCUGGUUGAUUACAUUCUGUGGGACACUACAGUUGAGGCAGGGGAGUAGGAUGCAGGUGAUGGGAUUGCUUCAGUACACAUACUUUUUGAUGGCUUUUGAUGUGGCUGUGCUUCAAGGUGUAAUUGUUACAGUGAAGGGUGAAUUUGAGUCAGCAUAUACUUGUGUAUCAAAUAUGAACAAAUUUUGACACCAUAGGAUAAUUAUUAUAUCUGUUAAUUUUUUUAAUAUGAUUGACUGGAAACAUGUAGUAGCAGUAAUUGCGUAUACAUUGCGAGUGUCUAUAUUGAAAUAUAAAACCAUAUUUUCUUUCUUAAGGUAAACAACAAGUGUUUUAUGUUGUGUAAGGACUUUUCAGAAAGACCGCUUGUAAGUGUGCUAGUGACUGUAAUGACUGAGAGAAUGCAUGCAAUAGGUUGCAUGGCUGUUUGUACCAGUGUUCUUUCAAUAGCAGAGUACCCUUUAGUCAUGCAGUGUGUUGUUUUUAACUCAUUUUGUGCUUGACACUUUUUCACUCAAAAUAAAGUUUGGUAAGGUAUUUGAAGAAGCUGAGUAUGGGUACAAAAUAUAAAAGAUGCAUAAUCUGAUGACACAAGCUUGAGCUAAGUUAAGAUAUAUUAACUAUGAAAUAUUUCCUACAAAUAUUCAGAUGCUUCUAACAUGACUUUUUCUGGUCACUUACAUUUAUGUUUAUUUAACUUCAUCAUUUGUUCUUGAGCCAAUAAAAAUUAUGAGUGUGUUACAUUACAUGGACAAAUUAUUUGCACUGUAAUAAUUUUGAACAUAUUUAUUAUACAUGUUUGAAUUUUUAAUGAGUCCAUGGUAAUAAAUCCGAUUUUGUUUUUGCAGUUUUAUGGUUAUAUUUUUAAUCUAAUACUACUAUUUGCAUAUCUUUUACUCCAGACUUUCAUCUUUUCUCUACUUCCAUCAUCAGAUGAUUUCCAUUGUGCCAGUUAAUAUUCUUAAAUUUUUAGUUUUAUUACAAGUGGCAACAGUUGAGAUACAAUCUGGAACUCUGUGAAUAAAAACUAGGAUUUUCCAGUCAUUAGAAUGAUUCUGCUAUUGCAAUAGAAUGAUACAUCUGUGCAGGACAUGAUUUGGAGUGUGUAGGUGCAAUAUGUUUUUAUAAUUUGGAGACAUUUUGAUUUGUGAUCAUAACUGUUUUACUGUUUAUUGAUACAGAAUACAGUUAGUCAAGGUGCUACUCAAGUAUGCACUGCUUAAAUAUAGGGUUCUCCAUGUGUUUCAUCAGUAUGCAUAUAAGAUGUAUAAAUUUUAUACUGAACUUUAUUCUUAAAGUUACAAAAUGUGCCAUUUUAGAUGUUACAAUGAUGCAAAACGUGCUUUAUAACAAACAUAGUAUCAUCCUAAAUUUGCCUUUCUUAAAAGCAAACAUUGGCACUGAUUUUGACAGGUAUUUUUCUGAGUACAGAUUAUUGAGUUUAGAAUUGCUUCAGUACAUCUGCUAGAUCUUUGUCUUUGUGUGAUGUUUCCUUUUAAUAGGUCUGUCAGACAACCAAGCCUCUUCAUUUUUGUCUAUAUUCCCACAGAUCCUCCUCAUUUUCUUCUCAUGUUCUUCCUUCUUUGUAUGACAUCUUUCUGAACUGGAUGUUUCUAUCUUGAUAUUGAUCUUGCCCUUGAACAUUUUCCUUUUACUUCCAGUUUGUAUCAGUUUUUCACAUUAUAAUGUAAUCAUUAAAACUUACAAUAACAAAUAACAUAAAGAAGGAAGGAAGGAAGACAAAAAACAUAACAUAUUAUAGGAGAAAAGUGUCUGAUUCUCAAUUGUUCUUACACUAACAUCUGAUGAUAUGCCAAGAUUGAACUUAAAGGAUUUGGUGUAUUCUAAUGUCUAAAAAUAAAUACAAACUGCUCAAUAAUAGAAAUAAAGUAUGAAACUGUGCUCACAUCAGAUUUCUUUCAUGUUAUUAGUAAAGUUAUAAGUACUUAUCCAGAACCUCUCAGAACCAUAUGAAAUUUGUUUUCUUAUGGUGGCUCUUUGUAGUCUUUAACCUUUUUAGUUUUCCAUUGCUAGGCUAGCAAGUGCUGGAUUGGCAUUGAUGUGGCAAUUUCAUGGUGUAAGGGCAGCAUUUUGGGUGUAAUAGCGAUGGAUUGCUGAUGGAAAGUGGUGCUCUGUAGUAAAGAAAUUGUUCUUGUAGUAUAUGAGAAUUGGCAGCUUGUGAAUGAGUCCAAGUACAGAAACACAAAAAAGAGAAACUUGAGAUUUUAGGUUCUCUCUGUCUUCUGGAUUGUGACAUCAUGUGAACUUGUUGGUAGAUUUAAUGUUUUGGAGGAAUAUACUUCCUCCACUGAAGAUUAAAGCAGUACAUUUCCCUGAAAGGUUGUUAUUGACCCACAAGUACAUAUGGUCUUACAACCCAGAAGAGAGAUACCUGUUGACAAAUUUCAUAUUGAUAAUUUUAUACUAUUUUUUACUGUAAAGAAUCGGUUAAUCAUUUAUUAAGAAUUAUUCAAAUACAGUAUUUAAAUUAAAAUAAUUAUAUGUAAUUGUUAAUUGAUGUAGGCAUAAGGAAUAUGGGAUUAAUAUAAUCAUGUAUCAGCAUUGUGUCUAAUUUGUGGUGUUGUGCAAAAUGUCAUUUUCAUUUGGUACCGUAGCAGGAGAAUAUUGAAUUUUGUAUAUUUUAUGCAUGCAGUAUAUGUGUGAAAAUGUGGGGUAAGAAAUAAUAAUAUAAUUGUAUCAUGUCUCAGUGUGUUAUUAAAUAACCUCACAUGUGUUUGCUGUGGGGAACAGCUGGCAAAUAAAACCAACACAGCAA